CAGCUGCGAAGUGCCUGAGGCCAUCUCUGACGUGAUUAUUUAGGCACAAGGUAAUGCUAUAAAAGCAGGUAGGGCGGGUAUUAAAGUGGCAUUUUGUGUUUCCACACGAUAGUAACUGUUCUGUCGACAGUGUGUUGGUUAAUCGGUACAAUAUAUUUUAAUGAACGUCAUGAAUGUUUUGCCAAAGAGAUGUGUCUGUCGUCAACUCAUAAUGCAGAUACGUUUUUAUCAAAGUGUUUUAGAUAAUAUUACGAACAAUUCCACAAAUCCACACAUUAACACGGAAGAAAUAGUAAGCAUUCGAAAAUGUAUGCUUGAACUUACAGAAAAUCCCAUUCAGAGGAAAAGUAGUUGUUCGAACAAAGAGAAAAUGAGGACGUUUCAUUCUAUUCCAACCCCCAAAGGUUUACCGAUUAUAGGUACAAUAUUUGACUUAUUAAGCAGUGGAGGUGCUCCUAUGAUACACGAGUAUUGUGAUCGAAGGCAUAGAGAACUUGGACCAAUUUAUCGGGAAUGCCUCGGUUCUGUAGAUGCAGUGUUUGUAGCUGAUAGUGAUUUAAUACAACAAGUAUAUAGCAACGAAGGAAAAUAUCCUAAGCAUAUGGUGCCUGAGCCUUGGAUCAUCUAUAAUGAAAUGUAUGGAAAACAACGUGGUCUAUUCUUCAUGGAUGGUCAGAAAUGGAGUCAACGCAGAAAAUCUUUGAAUAAAGUAUUUUUGAAACAGAGAAGUGUAUCCGAAUACUCCGAUGAAUUUAAUAAUGUCAUUUCGGAGCUGUUACAAAGGUGGCUAAUUAUAAGAGAUAACAAAAAUACUUUGCCAAAUCUCGAGAAGGAAUUGUAUAACUGGUCUAUUGAAUCUCUCGGGACCAUGAUCUUUGGCAGACGUCUUGGUUGCGUACAGGCAGAGAAAUUAGGAGAUAUUCACGAAUUUGUACAUUGUGUUCAACAGAUAUUCUUAGAAUCUGCCAGAAUGACAAUGAUUCCGCCAAGAUUAGCGAGUUUGCUAAAUCUUCCGGUGUGGAAAAGAUUUGUAAAAGCUGCUAAUAGAGCAUUGGAAUUAGCUCAGAGUUAUGUCGAGGAAAAUGUAACGGAGAUUAUAAAGAAAGCAAAUACAGGAGAACCAGUGGAAGGGAUUCUUAGUCAACUCUUACUGAAAGAUAAAAUCGAAGGAGAAGAAAUAGUCAGAAUCAUCACUGACUUGUUUUUAGCUGCAGCAGAUACAACUUCUCACGCUACUCAAUGGACGCUAUAUCUCCUAGCAAAAAAUCCAAGAUGCCAAUAUAAAUUGUUGGAUGAAGUGUCUAAAAUAGUCGGGACAAAUGACAUGAUCAAUGAAAGUCAUCUCGUUCAUUUGCCUUAUGUUAAAGCAAUUAUAAAAGAAGCACUCAGGAUAUAUCCAGUAGCUCCGUUUUUGACCCGCAUUUUGUCUAAAGAUAUUACCUUGAAAGAAUAUCUAAUACCAAAAGGAACACUCAUUUUAAUGUCAUUGUAUACAACAGGACGAGAUCAAAAGUAUUACUCGAAUCCGAACCACUUUUACCCUGAACGUUGGAUUCGUGAUAGCGAAUUCAGCAAUUCAAUUAAUUCGUAUGCCUUUUUACCAUUCGGAAUAGGUUCUAGGUCAUGUAUAGGACGGCGUGUGGCUGAACUACAAAUGCAGUUCCUCAUAACAAGGAUUGUUCAAUUGUUUCAUCUUCAGCUUGAAAAUAAAAACGAUGUCAAUAUAAAAAUGAGAAUGAUUACUACACCUGAUCAACCUAUACAACUACAGAUGAUAGAACGCAAGAUGAACUAAAUUAUUCGCGAAUAAUAUAAACUAUUAGAUACCUAAAUUUAUAAUAAGAAAAUUAUUUUAUUUAUAUUCGUAAAUUUCAAAAAUUUAUUUCCAUUACGCAUGAAAUUUAAUGGUGUUUAGAUACUUAAAACUUUAAGGUACUUCUUCUAUUU